AUGUCCAACGACGACCUAAAGGCGCACGCCGCCUCAAAUCAAGACUUCUACGCCCUCUUAGAUGUCCCAGCUGCAGCGAACGAAUCCGAGAUCAGACGCGCGUACCGUCGCACCGCACUAAAAUACCACCCCGACAAAAUCGUCAACCCCACACCGGCCGACAUCGACAAGUUCCACUUCCUCCAAAUCGCCUACGAUGUACUCUCCGACCCCACAGUCCGGCAGCUCUACGACAAUGCGCGGGAAGCGCGGCAACGCAAACAGCGCGAACGGGACAUGAUGGGCGCUGCGAAGCGCAAGAUGCGCGAGGAUCUCGAAGCACGGGAACGGGCUGGAGCUGCGGAGAUGGGCGGUGCUGGUGCGGGCGCCAAGCAGGGUGUUAAGAGGUCUUGGAUGGCUGGUGGGGAUGAUGAUGCGGAGGAGAAGCUUCAGCGGGAGAUUGAGCGGAUUGCUGAGGAUGGACGGCGGAGAAGGCGCGAGGCGGAGGAUAAGAUCAAGAAGGAGUUGGAUGAUGAGGAGAAGAAGGUGAAGGAGGAGGAAGAGGAGGCACGCAGGGCUGCUGAUCGGAGUAGCCAACGGGUUGAUCGGUCGAAGGAAGGGGGUGGUGCUGAGGUUCCUGAGCUUGAGCGUGCUGUUAAGGUGCGUUGGGUGCGGGAGGGGCGUGGGCUUGAGGUUGAUAUUGGACGGCUUGCGGGGCUUUUUGCGCCGUUUGGGAAGAUUGAGAAUACGUUUAUGCUUAAGGAUAAGCGGCAGCGGAUUGGAGAGAAGAAGGAGAAGAAGACAGUUGCCACUGGCGUGGUUGUCUUCACUUCUAUUGUCAGUGCUCAUGCUGCUGUGCUUGAUAGUGAGAAGAAGCUUCGUCAGCAACCUGGCCGGGAUGGCGAGUGGGCCCUUGUUGAGUCUGUCUUCUGGGCCUCGGGCAGUCAACCUGAUCUGGGGAUGGGCUCGAAUGGACAUGCAGCUACUGCCAAUGCGCCAUCCAAGCCCGAAGCAAGUGAAGCGGCGCCUACGCCUUCAAUGCCUUCUACUCACUCUUCUAACGGAUCUACCAAACCGUCCUUCAACUUCCCGGGCUUGAACUCAGCUCCUCCGUCUGGGAAAGCGCCGUCAUUUGGCUCCUUUGCCUCUGCGUCUGCCGCAGGUGCCCCGAAAGCGUCAUCGUUUAACCCAUCUGGAGUAUUCUCAAGCACGCCAAAUAUGGAAGAAGUGACCCUGAUGCGAUUGAAGAACGCCCAACGAGAGAAGGAGCGCAAAGCCCUCGAGGAGCAACUAGCUCGCGAAGACGAAGUCGCCGAUGCAAAAGAAGCGGCAGCGAAAGCCACCUAA